CCUACUAGGCUCACUUGCCUCCCAUUGGAAACGACAGGAUGUGCUAUAUUUUAGUAGAACAUCUUUGAUAUCGACGUCAUUAGCUGCUGCAUGGUCUUUUGUGGUAGCUAACAACAAACAAGUUAUAUUUUUUCAGCUAGCUAGCACGUUUCCUAUUAAUCUAGCUGAGCUAGAUCAACAUGAGUUUAGCAUUUAGCAAAGAGCCCCGUAAAACGGCGGGGAACCGCAUGUCUAAGUUGUUAGAUGCUGAAGAAGAAGAUGAAUUCUACAAGACCACAUACGGCGGAUUCAACGACGAAUCAGGAGAUGAUGAGUACAGAGGGGAGCACUCAGACACAGAGGACGAGGUCGACAGUGACUUUGACAUAGAUGAGGGUGACGAGCCUGAUAGUGACCAGGAGGAUGAUGCUCCUCGCAGGAAGAGUCGAGUUGUCACCAAAGCUUAUAAGGAACCUCUGAAGGUGACCAAGCCUAAACCGAAGAGGCCUUCAGAGGAGCUGAAGAAGACAGAGAAAGCCAAAAUGGAGAGGAGGGCGCCGCAGGAGUUUCAGGAGUUUGGCGAGACUCGGAAGUCUGUGCGCCAGUCGACCAGCGAGCAUACGCGGAAGACCAACCUGCGACUGCAAGAAAGACAGGAUGCCCCCCGACGGCGGAGGGGAGCCCACCACGACCGACCCCUGACCCAGGAAGAGUUGCUGGCUGAGGCCAAAAUAACUGCUGAGGUCAACCUCCGAUCCCUAGAGAACUACGAACGUCUUGAGGCUGACAAGAAAAAACAGGUCCAUAAGAAGCGGCGAUUUGAGGGCCCCACCAUCCGCUACCACUCUGUCCUCAUGCCCCUGGUGCCUCACUCCAUCUUAAAAGAAGAAAAUGUGGAUGUGGAAGGGUUAGACCAGGACACACCGCUGCUCGUUGCUCCUGUGGCACCAAGUCCAAUGCCUUCCCAGCAACCCUUGGGAGGUCUUUGCUCCCGCACUUACAUCACCUUUAGCGACGAGGAGGCCUUUGAGGCUGCCUUCCCCCAGGCUGUGCGGACUGGCUCCCAGCCCCCCACCCAGGAAGUCUGUCCUGUCACCCACAAGGCUGCAUUAUACAGAGACCCAGUUACAGACAUCCCCUAUGCCAACACACGAGCCUUUCGCAUUAUUCGCGAAGCCUACCGCAAAUAUGUGGCAGCUCAUGGAUUCCCCAACUCUGCUGGGGGUUUCUCUGUGGUUGAUGCCUCAGGUUCCAGGAGUGCACGCCAGAAAAUGGUCAAGCAGAGCACAGUUGCAAGGUAGAGGCUUAUAUUCUCUCAAGUCUGUCCUCCUUUUAUUUAGAGCCCCUCAUCUGUUCAAAGAUUUAAAUCUACAGUCUGGGAUUCAUCUUUCAGUGAAAUGGCAGCCCCAGUACUUGUUUUGGUGUACAGCUGAAGCAUAGGGCUAUGGAAAUUCUUGUUUGUAAACAUUGGAGUAAUAGAAUUUACAUUUAGGAUAGAAUGGGGCUUUCCAGCCCUGUUCCUGGAGAGCUACUGUCCUGUAGGUAUGUCAAUAAAAUUUUCAAUAAAUUUC